CCGAGCCAAUCGUGGCGGCCGCGCGGGUCGGUGGUGCGUCACUUCCGGUCCCGAGUGGGUGUUGUGGAGGGCGUUCGUGAGACUGAGUUGGUGCUGGGGUCGUGCUGUUACAGGAACACAGUAUAUAGAAUUGUUACCUAGCAGACAUGCUGGUUGCACGGCUCGUGUGCCUGAGGACACUGCCAUGCCAGGCUAUCCGCCCCACCAUUGCUCAGGCUUCCCCAGCUCUGAGGAACUCUGGUAUAAAAGCAUUUCGUCUGUGGCAGCCUAACCAGUGUUAUGCCACCAGAGUAAGAACGGGCGUAAGGCGUGGGAAAAUUGGCCAGGAAAUUAAAGAAGCAGCAUUUGAGCCAUCUACAGAAACUGCUCUUAAAGUUGAUCGCCUGGGAAAACUUGUUGUUGCUGGAGGGGCUGCGGUUGGCCUGGGGGCACUCUGUUACUAUGGCAUGGGCAUGUCCAGUGAGAUUGGAGCUAUUGAAAGAGCAGCUAUUUGGCCCCAGUAUGUGAAGGACAGAAUUCGCUCUACCUACAUGUACUUUGCGGGAAGCAUUGGCUUGACAGCACUGUCAGCUGUAGCAGUAAGCAGAUCUCCUGCACUCAUGAGCCUUAUGACAAAAGGCUCCUGGCUGGCAAUCGGUGCAACUUUUGCUGCUAUGAUCGGUGCUGGAAUGUUGGUCAGGUCAAUAUCCUAUGAAAACAGUCCAGCAGCUAAACAUCUUGCUUGGAUGAUGCAUUCAGGUGUCAUGGGUGCAGUGGUGGCUCCUUUAGCUUUCUUGGGUGGUCCUUUGCUCAUCAGAGCUGCCUGGUAUACAGCUGGAAUCGUCGGAGGGCUCUCAACUGUGGCCAUGUGUGCUCCAAGUGAAAAAUUUCUGAACAUGGGAGGACCACUUGGAAUAGGCUUUGGCUUCGUUCUCGCCUCUUCGAUUGGAUCCAUGUUCUUGCCACCAACUUCUGCUCUUGGGGCUGGCUUGUAUUCAGUAGCUGUUUAUGGAGGAUUGGUACUCUUUGGCAUGUUUCUGCUCUAUGAUACACAACAUGUUAUCAAGCGUGCAGAGACUAUUCCAUAUUAUGGAGUAACAAAAUAUGACCCAAUCAAUGCGUGCAUGGGCAUCUAUACAGACACGCUGAACAUCUUCAUUCGUGUGGCCACCAUGCUUGCUGGUGGUGGAGGUGGAAGGAGAAAGUAAACCGAGACUCUUAGCAGCUGUCUGACAGCUCAGACUGUUAAAUUGUCUAUCUAGUGCAUAUAGUAAAUAAAAAUUCAUUAUUACCAGCAGUUUUGCUGCAGGUCAGAAGUUAAACGCAUUUCAGCCUGUUGUUUAAGUGCAAUGUGAUUCAGACUUAACAGUGUUUCAUCAAACACCUUCCAAUAGCGUGAACAACUUCAAAGCGUACAUAUUUGGGGAAAGUAAAUUAUUUAAAAUA